AUGUCUAGUAAUCGAUUCUUUUUCAAUGAAGGUUCUUCAUCAAGUGAAGAAACCAGUGAUGAUGAACCACAAGUACAAGUUUCAACAGCAAAGAAAGGUGCCAGCAAAACUGCAACAAAACAUGCGCCUAAACCAUAUCUUGCAAUGAGUGAUGAUGAAGAAGAUGUUAAACGUGUUGUACGAAGUGAAAAAGCUAAACGACAUGAAGAAAUUGAAGAAAUUAUUAAGAAAACCAAACAUGCUAUGCGUAUUCGAGAUAUUGGCUUGGUCUAUGAAUGUUAUGAAAAUUUAACAAAAGCAUUUGAUAAAGCCAGGCGAGUUUUGGAAAAAGAUCAAGGAAUACCAAGAUCAUUUAUCAAAAUAUUGGUACAACUCGAUGAUUUUGUUAAUCAAUGUUGGGGUGAUCGUGAGUGGCGUGAAACACUUACUAAAAAUAAUUCAAAUAAUUUAAGUGCAUUACGUCAAAAAAUUCGUCGAUAUUUAAAACAAGAACCAUUGGAAAAAGAAAUAAAUGCUUAUCGUGAAAGACCUGAUGUUGUUGAUGAAGAAUUACCUGAACAUGAAACUUCACCAGUUGAUCAAAGUGCUGAAAGUGAAGAAGAUGAAGAAGAAGUUGUACCAACAAAAGGAAAACCACAAGAUAAUGAUGAAAGUGAAUCAAGUGAAGUAUCAUGGGAUCAAAGUGAUGAAGAAUCUACUGAUAGUUCAAUCGAUGUCGAUGCACCAAAUGAAGAACUUUACAAAAAAUUUUUGAAAACUGAUAAAUCGGAAAAAACUAGAAUCAAAGAAUCAUCUGGUACUAAACGCCCAAAAAAACCAAGUCGAAUUGAGCAACAAGUUCAACCAUCAGAUGAUGAAGAUGAAGAAGGAAAAGAUUCUGCACCUCGACAAGAUAUUCAAAAACUUGUUUCAUUUGGUAAAGAUGAAGAAAUCACACAUGAGGCUAUUUUAAAAAAACUUAAUGAAAUCAUUGCUAUGCGUGGUAAACGUGGUACAAAUCGUCGUGAUCAAUUGGAAUGUUUAAAAAUUCUUCGAUUAUAUGUUGAAAAACAAAAUUUAGGUGUUGGUCUUGAUAUUAAAAUAUUAUUAAUACAAAUUGCUGUUAGUUUUGAUUAUCAUCAUAAGGGUAAUGAAUGUUUAAAACCAGAAACAUGGACACGUGCGCUCGAUUAUAUCGAAGAAUUAUUAACAUUAUUGACUAAAAAUGAAAAUGUUCAAAUCAGUGAAAAUAUUAGUGAAGAAGCAGAAAAUCUUAAAAAAGAACCCGAUUAUCGUAUUCAUGGUGAUGUAAUAACAAUAAUUCUUAAAAUGGAUGAAGAAUUUACAAAAAUUUUACAAAAUGCUGAUGCUCAUAGUCAAGAUUAUGUUGAACGUUUAAAGGAUGAAUUACGUGUUUGUUCAAUAAUUGAUCGUUUAAAAGUAUAUUUAGAAUCAAAAGCAAAUAAUAACGUAAUGAUUACUACUGAUUCUGAUAGUGGUACAAUUCUACUUGUUCAACCACAACAUUUAUGUACAGCAUAUAUGUGUGUUAUUGAACAUCUUUAUUAUAAAUAUGAUAAACCACCUGGUCAAUCAUCUGUUGCUAUUAUGGAUCGUCUUUGCAAAUAUAUUUAUGCUAAAGAUACACUCAAUCGUGCACGUGCACGUGCAAGUCUUUGUCAUGUUUAUCAUUUAGCAUUACAUGAUCAUUAUUAUGAAGCUCGAGAUUUAAUGUUAAUGUGUCAUAUGCAAGAUACAAUAACAACAUCGGAUGUUGCAACACAAAUUUUAUAUAAUCGAACUAUUGUUCAAUUAGGUUUAUGUGCUUUUCGUUUUGGUGCAAUACGUGAAGCACAUCAAGCUCUUGUUGAUAUGCAAUCAGGUAAUCGUGCUAAAGAAUUAUUAGCACAAGGUGUACAAAUGAUACGUAAUCAAGAACGAACACGUGAUCAAGAAAUGAAAGAACGACAACGUUUAUUACCAUUUCAUAUGCAUAUUAAUUUAGAACUAAUUGAAUGUGUUUAUCUUGUAUCAGCUAUGUUAAUUGAAAUUCCAUUUAUGGCUUCUCAUGAAUAUGAUGCACGAAAACGUCCAAUUAGUAAACAUUUUCAUACACAAAUGCGUCAAGCAGAAAAACAACCUGUUUUUGGACCACCAGAAUCUAUGCGUGAGCAUGUUGUUGCUGCAAGUCGUGCUAUGAAAACAGGCGAUUGGAGUGCAUGUGUCAACUUUUUAAUUAAUGAAAAAAUGAAUGGAAAGGUUUGGAAUUUGAUGCCACAAGCAACAGAAGUACGAAAAAUGCUCAUAGAUAAAAUUAAAGAAGAAUCAUUACGUACUUAUUUAUUCACUUAUGCUACUGUUUAUGAUGCUAUUUCAAUGGCAACAUUAGCUGACAUGUUUGAAUUACCGGUUAAACAAGUCUAUGGUAUUAUUAGUAAAAUGAUUAUCAAUGAAGAACUUAUGGCUUCACUUGAAGAACCCAAUCAAACAGUUGUAAUGCAUCAUACAGAUCCAUCAAGAACACAAGCACUUUCACUUCAACUUGUUGAAAAGGUCUUUCAAUUAUAUGAGCAAAAUGAAAAAUUAGUUCAUUUUCGCAAUGGUGAACCAAACUUUUAUUCAAGACCAAAUCAACAAGUACAACAAGGUCAACAACGUAAUCAAGGUACAGGUGGUGGUGGUGGUGGCGGCAGUGGACAAAAUUGGAAUCGUAAUCCGCGAUCGGGACCAAAUCGUGCUUAUUAA